UGCAAAAAAAAAUUCCUACACAGAGUUUUCGCUACAAUUAACCAACUUCGACAAGCUCGUGAUGUAGGCCGUUAAAAAAUAAAUUGGUGGAAAAGUGUGAAAGAAAUCAAUGUUAAGUUUGUGGUUGUAGUGUUUGAUUUUAACGGCGUGUCUAAAAUAUCUUAAAUAGUUGCGGCUUUUCAAAGUGUUCGCUUCGGUAUUCGAUUUCCCCGAACCCGCACCCAAGCCGCAUUUGCGACGCCGUUCGGAAAAUGUCGCUGGAAGGCGCUAGGUUGCGCUACGAGGACGAAAAUGGUGAAACCGUUGUUCUGGCGGCCAAGGGACGCACAUUCCAGGUGGGCUCCUACUACAACUGCGACCUGAUCCUAAAGGGAGCGCAGGAGGAGCGUCUGAUUUGCGAAAUAAACUGUGACGCCUUUGGAAGGGUUAUCAUUUACAACAAGUCAAACGAAGAUCCAAUUCAUCUUAACGACGUAAUCAUCCAUGGCAAGCGUCCUUUGCUUCAUGGGGGGAAAAUUAAAAUUCGAGACAAAGUCUACACUUGGGAGUUUCCCAAAUCCGCCGACGCGCAGGAUGAACCAAGCACCCCAGAGCGGCUUUCGGCCAACGAACAGGCUUCGAACUCCUGCCCUUCGUUGAAGCAAUCACAUCGUCCGCUAACCGAAAAACGCUUGACGGUUCACAAUUUUCACUACAGCAUUAAUUCUGAUGACGAGGGGAAUACUUCCAUAGAGUCGCGUGACCAGAAUGAAUCCCACUUGGCAGAGGAAUCACUGAAUUUAUCCACUCCACCUAGCGCAGAGAUUUCCACCAGCGAGACAUCCAAAGUAGAUCUUCUGGAAGCCACGCAAAACAAGGAAAACACUGCGACACCGCCGAGUAGCCAUAAGAAGCUGCUGCAACUGUGCGCCCUCUCCGACGUAGUUAUCACUUCCUUUUCGCCGAGGGAGACGGGUGUCAAGGUUGAGAAGUCCUUCACAUGUGUGCGAAAGCCGGGUCACGAUGUUCCAUUUACGGCUUCAGUAACGGUUUCCACGCCCAAGAGCGUGUACAGCACACCAAAAGGGAAUGUGCUCUCGGAGCUGAACGAAGACAGUUGCAGCCGAGAUCUUUUAGACUUUAGCACGCCAUCCACUUCAAAGAAGGCCAAGCGCGCAUCGUCCAUGUUUCUUAUUGACUUGACUACUCCUUCUAAGCUACGGCCCACACCUAAACAAACACCAACACCCAAACAGACACCUAUAAGUGUUGACAGCACAGAUGAGUCCUCCGAUAACUCGCCGCUAGUCAUUGACAUAACCAAUUCCAAUACGCCCCCAUCACCAGGACCUUCGCAACGGUAUAGAACUCCUGGGCGCUUGGCUACCAACACACCUAAGCGUACACCUCAAUCCCUGAUGAAACGGGCACUGCUAACGAGUACGAAAAAGCAGAUAGCCUCCAAUCAGGCAGAUAAGACCACCCCGGUGGGUCCCCCCAAGAGAACAUCGAUGUUAGAGGCGCGACGCCAGUGUCUUACUACGCCUCGCCGUUUGCCAUUCCAUCCACAUAGGCGAACUCCAGUUCAUCAGGAAGAAGACAAAGUGAAAGGCAAGACGCCGAAAACCUCGCCACGCAGGCGUAAAACACUUAUGGAAUCACCGAGGGAGAACAAGGUUUCCCAGCUUAGAAAAUCAUUUGCGGCAGCGAUGCGUAGUCCCGGCGUUGACAAGAGCAACAAGCUGGUGGCUAAAGCUCGACGGUCGCUGAACUCACCCAAAUGUAGCUCCCCUAAAUCGGGAUCGUCCAAGCCGUCAUCACCAUGUCCAAGAAAAGCACCAAAUGUAUCCCAGAUCAAGAGUUCUACCCCGGAAAAACAUGACGAAUCUCAGGACGAGCUAAGCCGCACAUUUACUAUCAUGGAUGAAACCCAAGAAAAGGAGCAGAAUGCGACAGGUUCAGUAUUCGAAACCUUAACUGCUCUCAUAACUGGAGAAGUAGAGAGUAAUGAAUCUUUCCAACUGAGUUCUGUAAUUGAAAAGCACCUUUCGGAAACAAAGUCAAUAGAACCAGAAUCUAUAGAAAAAAAAUUCGAUUCUUUUUGCUCAAAAGACUAUAAAGGAAUUGAGAUAAAAGUUCAAGACGAAGAAAUGGGUUCGAAAUCGGAUAAAACUAAGGAAAAGAAUGAAAGUAUAACUUCAAGUCCUAUAAUUGAAAAAGCUGAGGAAACAGUUAUUGAUGAUAGCAUUUGUGAGGAAGUUCAUGCGGAUAUUCCCAAGCAAAAGCACAAUGUUAACCCAGAAAAUGUAAUAGAGGAGAACAUAUGUGAAGAAGUUCCAUCGGAGAGUAAAACUACUACUGAAUCCAUUUUAAUAGGCGACUCAUCGCAAGUGAGGAACGAACAAACACCAACUGUUGAUACCCCUGUGGUUCGAAGAAGUAUGCGACGGCUUUCUGUUGAACAGAGGGCAGUGGCCACAACACCACGUAGGAGUACACGCAGAUCGUCUGUAGAAUCCAGCAUUAAAGCGGUAACGGAUGACAAAAAUAAACGGACGCGCCGCGCUUCCUGCUCAGCUGUGGACAGCCAAGAUGUGGGAACGCCUAGGAGGAAGCGUCGAUUCUCGCAGGAAAUGUCAACACCUACGCGGCAAUCAAAGCGUCUACUCAACACGCCGAAGCGGGAGCUUCAAUUAGAUGAAUCUGUUGGCGACAUGGGCGUCAUUUUGGAAGAAGUUGGCCAAGAAGAAGAUGAGAAAAUCGCUAUCGCCGAUGACGAGAAUUAUGGCAACGAAUUGCCAGCCGAUGAUGUAGACAAAGUUGACUACCACGGCCUGAGGGAUUUGCUAAAAACACCUAAAAACUGUAGCACUCCACGCUUCAAAGGACUAAGAGAAAUGAUGCGCACGCCGAAGAUACCCGCCUCACCAAUUUUGGGCAACAUUGCAGAACUGUUGGAAACCUCCGUUAGUAGGGACACGACGGUGGCUCGCGUGGAUGAGGGUAAGGCAUUAGACGGUAUUCUAAAGACGCCCAGCGCCAGGAAUAUUAUGGUGCCAAAUGAGCCAGCUAGUGCAGUGCUAAAGUCUCGCAAUAAAUCAUUGGCACCCACUACCGAAUACGAUCUGAAUAUGACAAAUACGACUUUGCAUUUGGAUAAGAUCUUUGAUGACGUUCCUGAAACGACUAGGGUCAAUAUGGAGGACACCGAAACCGAAAUAAAUGUAACAUCGGUUAGCACUGCAACUGGUGCUGAUCCUUUGGGUUCUUCAAAAUUGGCUGUAUCCGUGUCAUCCGAGGCUAUGAUGAGUGCCUGUCAUACAUCGACUGCGGGAUCUUCGGUAAAAGAUCCUUUAACCAGUACCACUUACAAAGCCGCGCUGCACGCCGAUCUGAAUCUAAGCGCCAUUACACAUGGUGGCUCCAGAACCGUAUCACCUAACCCAAAUGAGAUGAGCGGCAUACAAUUGCUGGACCAGACUUCAGAUUCUGUGUUUUCCGAGGCUCUAAUAGUGUCGGGAGUGGAGUCUCGCGACGUCACAGUGGACGAGACGAGGGCUUCGGGGCAAAACAUUCAGCCUACUGGUGUUAUUGAUGAUCGCUCGGACACAGACUCAAAUGUUGGCCUUACUGAACCCCUGGUAUUUAGUGAUGAUGAGGAGGACCCAGACGAAUCCGAAGUGAGUACCAAGAAGUCCACCGGUAUUGAGGAACCAUCUAUAGCCUACAGGCUUGAAGAAUCCGCAGACUUUCCUAAAGACAAAUCUAUUCAUUCAACACUAAGUAAAGAUGAAAAGCACAAGGAUUCUACUAAUGAAAUCUCACUUAUUGAAGUUGAGGAUAACACAAUUGAGAGCAAUGUAAGCGAAAAAGUUCCUGAAGGCGACAAAACUCUGGAUAUUGAACUUGAUACUUUUAAGGAGAAUAACACACCAGCUAAGGAAAAUAGUCAAUCCACUGUUUUGGAGUUGACAAUCCUAGAGUCUGAGAUAUAUCCUCUAGACUCAACGGCUGAUAGUUCUAUCAACAUUUUACCUACUAGUGAUUUGGAACCAAACCAUUCAAGGACGACUAAUCUUGGCAGUGACGUACUUCAAUUGGAUCAAUCAGAUAUUAAAAUAUUACCCUCCGAAAAACAUGAUCUUGAAAGGACAGAAAAUAUUCAUCCACCAGUCAUAGCAUCGCCUUGCAAAGAAGGCAAACAGGAUAUGGUCCCCACUGAUAGUGAAACUUCUCAGCUAGCCGUGGAAACAACGCCCGUCUUAGAAGUUCCUGAGGAAACCAAUCCAGAUGAGGUUUCCACUGAGGAAGAAAUUGUUAAACAAGUUAUCGAAAGUUCCCAAGAAGAUCCAGAAAACCCGAAUACGGUUGAGGUGUGCACUAGCGCAGAAACUAUUAAAGAAGUCAUCAAAAGUCCAUCAAAAGAACAACUCAAGCCGGUUGAGGUGUGCACUAGUGCAGAAACUGUUAAAGAAGUCAUCAAUAGUCCACCAAAAGAACAACUCAAGCCGGUUGAUGAGGUGGCCACUGAAACAGAAUCUAAUCAUCCAGACAUUGAAAAAUCAAAUCCUGACGACCUUUUAAAGGAAACCAAAGAUGAUGGGGCUCCCGCUGAUGCUGAAAACUGUCAACCAGCCAUCGACACUUUAUCUUCUGCAGAACAUCCUGAAGAAACGGAAGCAGAUGAAGAGCAUACUGCUGAUGCACACACUGAUCAAUCAGUUACCGAAAAAUCAGUUUCCGAUGAUCUUUCAAAAGGCACCAGUCACGAAGAGGUUCCCACUGAUGAGUUAAAUCAACCUGUCAUCGCAACAUCACCUUCUGACCAACUUACAGAAGAAAAUCAACCAAAGACGGUGCCUACUGAAAGCGAAUCUGAUAAAGAAGUCAUCAACACAUCAGCUACUGAUAAACUUCCAAUUGAAAGCAAUCCUGAAGAGGUCCCCAGUGAUGUAUUAAGUCAAUCUGUUAUCGAAACAUCACCUUCUGAAGAGCCCACUAAUGGUGAAUCUGAUCACGAAGUCAUUAAAACAUCAUCCGUCAAAGAACUCUCAGAUGAAGCCAUUUCUGAUGAGCCAAUUGAUAUUCAACCAGUUACCGAAAUGUCAACAGAGACAGAUAAUCCAGAAGAUACCGAAAUAGAUGAGCCAUCCUGUAUUAGUAAAGAGGAGUCAUUAACCGAAACAUCACAUUCUGAAGGAAUUAGAGAGGAACCCAACUCUGAUCUUGAAAAGUUUACUGAUGUAGCAACUGAUGAUACCGUGGGUCAAUCAGAUGAUCCGCCUAACCAAGAUGAUAUUAAAAGCUGUACCAAGAGAGACGUUGAUGAUACUAGUAUAUCUGAGGUGUCUAAUAUCAAUCAAGAUCAACAGAAUUCUCAAAAUGAUUCUGUCAUUAUUUCCUCUGACUCUGAAGGAGAAAACACGGCAAAGGAGCCAACAAAAAGUGAAAAUAAAAAUUCUGUUGAAUUGCCAAAGCAUGAAUCGUCUUUUAGCGCAAAAAUUGAGAUCGAUCAUUCUGCAGAUGUGGAUCCUAAGGUGAGUGGAACAGAAGAACCCAUACCUGACGAUGUUUCAGAGGAACGUAAAGAAAAGUCGGAUCCGCCGAGCAGCCAGGAUCCCCAUAAGGCAUCUCCAGACGGUGAAAGUCCGAUCAUUAAAGAAUCCGUCACGGUACAGGAAAAUAGUUUGUCUACUUUGGAUGAAUCAUUAAACGAUGUCAUGGAUUCGGAUGAAGCUAAAAACGAUGAUGAAAAUGAGAUGAGGGUAUCCACAGAUGUCUCUAGUUCAGUUAAUGAAACUGCACUGAUUGGAAGUUCAGAAAAUCAACAAAACUUGACCGAUAAGGAAGUGUCUAUUCUGGAAGAAUCAUCCGAUCUCGACAAAGCAACGGAAGUAGCGGGUUUGGACACAGGUGAAGCCCAGGAAUGUCAACCUAAACUGGCCUCUAAAGAAGAAUCUAAUAAACAAGAGAAUAAUUUGGAUGUCUCAACCAUUUCGGAGCAAAAUACUCUAGAUAAAAGUUCAUUUAUUGAAGAUUCCGUCACUGAUAAUUCCAAGGCAGUUCCUGCGGUAAAGGAUAUAUCUGAUGUCGACGAAGCGAGGGUAGAUGCCACUGUAAAUAUGGAAUCGGAGUGUGGACCUAUGGAGUAUUCAGACCUCAAAGAAGCUGACGACGAGGUUAUUUUGUUAGAACAAAGCUCAAUAAAUCCAAAUUCAGCAAUUGAGAACUCCAUUACCCAUCAGCUUAAAGAAACAUCUGUAUGCGACAACACGAAAUCAAAUGAGGAUCUAGAAAAAGAAGAAACCGAGAAAUUCGAUGAAAACAAACCUGACGAUGAUGUCGUUCUGUCGGAUGCCUCAAUCAAUACUGAGCAAAUUCCGCUAGAUGAAAGUUCACUCAUCGAAAUCCCAGACGCUGGGACUCCGGAUGACAAAACGGAAGAAACUAAGGCUAUGGUUACAGAAGAAGCUGAAAAGUGUGAAGUGACAGAUUCAUCGAAUCAAAACGGUUUUGAAGAUGAGGUUAUUCAGUUGGAUGCCUCAAACGCUGUUGAACGUUCUAUACUCGAUGAAAGUUCUCAUAUUGGAGAUUCAAUCACUGAUCAUUUAAAAGAAGAUUCUGUUCUAAAGGAAUCGUCAAACUUUGACAAAACAAAGUCGCAGAUUCGAAAUGAAGCUAACGUCGAAGUGGAUGAAGUUGAAAUGAAAAAGGUCGAGGAUGGGACUACAGAAACUACAAAAGCUACAAUUUCUUCCGAAAACCAAGAAGUUAUUGCAGUGGAGCAGGAGAUAGCUUCCCCAAUUGUUGAACCAAAAAUAACAGAAAAGUCUACAAUAGUGCACAAUAGGUCAAUUGAUCUUAAUGAAAUUUCUAUUGUUGCUGAAAGUCCCAACAAAACAAGCUCCUCCUUUGUGAAGCACUCCUUCGAUAAAGAAAGCGUUCCCAAUAUUUCAACUGGAAACAUUGACCCUGCUGCAACGUCCAAUUUGGAAACGCAAAAAGAUGAAUUAGCAGUAAUACAACCAAAAGAUAUCUGCACAGAUAUCACAUCAGCUCCAGCAAUUAUACUGAACGUCUCAGAAACUGCUAUAUUUGAGCCAUCAACAUCGCAACUUAAAGACGCACAAGACAUUUUACCGCUUGAAGCUGAAGAUAAAUCGGGAGAUCUACUCAACGAUAAAUCUAGUGAAAUAGCUGAAACCCAGGAAGUUCCAACUAAAGCACAGGAAGCUGUAAGGGAUGAAAGUGAACCUUUGAAACCAUCACCAGAAUCAAAAGAUAUAGGCUUGCAUGAUUUAAAGUCUACGAAUCAAGACCCGAAAUGCCUGUCUGACUGCGAAAAUGUUCCAAGCGAGGAAGCACAAAAUACUGUCCAAAAUCAAUCGAUAAUCGACUUGAAUGAUACAAGUGAAGAACAAGAUGAAGAAAUAGAAUUCAUAUCAGAGGAUGCACAGAUUAAUCUUUCCAGUACUCAUAAUCAACCACAGUCAAGUGAACAACGGGGCAAAGUUCCAGUUACUGAAAUAUACGAAGUAAUUGACUUAGAUGAUUCAAGCUCCAGUGCACAGGGACCUGAAGCUACAGUAGCCGAAGCAACUUCAAUUAUAACUAAUGAAGAUUGCAUUGUCCCUGUUGAAAAGGAAUCUGUCGUUCAAAAAACAAGUUCGUCUGAUUCAGUUUUACAUCAGGCAUCAAUUGAUUUGAACGAAGAGGAUUCCGCUAAAGCGCCUGUUGAAGAAUCUGUCAUCGCCACUAAACAGAAUGAAGGCGAAGAUAACGCAAAUGAUAUCCAAGAAGUAGUCAUUGCGCCUUCGCCCGAUUCUACUGCAGAAACUCAUGACAAAACUUAUGACAAACUAGUAGCUAAGGAUAAUAAAACACAAAUGGAACCUGUAAAUCAUCUUAGCAUUGGAACGUCCUCUUCUGCAGUUGUUCUUGUACAGGAAGUUCCAGAUUCCAAGAAUGAUGGUGAGGAUAAACCUAAGGGAGAACACUGCUACUUUGACAGGUUAGAAGCCGAAAAUGUAGAAAAAAUAGACUUAAAAGAGGAUGAAUUGGUGAAGCCAAUAUCUGAACCAGACAUAUCACAUGAGUCAACAAAAAUUUCUCGACUGAUCACCACGUCGUCGAGUCAUGAAGAAAAGUCACCGGAUGAAGAAACGUCUAAAUCAGAGAAAAGAACUACUAGAAAGGGAUCGGCUUCCGCUGAUAGACAAGCAGAAUCUAGCGGGUCUGAACGGCCGAGAAGGAUGGCACGGAAACCAUCUGCUGAAGUUUUGGAAAAUGACCACCAAACCAAGCCGAAGGGACGAUCUAGAAAACCAUCAGUGGAUGUCAAUAUCGAUGAGGAAAAAGAAGAAUCUAUACCAGAAAAAAGAACUAGACGAAAGCGUACUCCAUCUGUAGAAGUUUGUGAGACAGCCAACCAACAGAGGGAGACUGAUGAAGACCCUAAUGCAGAGGAAGUAUUGCGACCAAUUCUAGAAGAGCCAGAGCCUGAAAUUGAGAAAAAGGAAAAGCACGAUACCAACGUAGAACCUGAAGAGUCUGUGCCGGUUGUAUCGUCAACUGUGUCAAAGGAGGAAACCACAACGCUAGGUAAAAAGAAAGAUGGGGAUAGAAUCCAAACAGAGACCAUCAUAGAAAGGCCUAAGAGACGCGCGAGAAAGCCAUCCGCAAAAGAAACAGAUAUAACGUCAGAGAAGAAAGAACAAGUUCAGGAUGUUCAGGCUGUCAACGAAGAUGAGGAUCCGCAUUUGGAUAGGCCCGAGCAUCAAAGUCUCAAAGAGUCAAUUGAAUCAAACGAGGAACCCACGUCAAUAGAUGAAAAGAAAGACGAGGAUUCAAAUCAAAAGGAGACCACCAUAGAAAGACCUAAGAGACGCGCAAGAAAGCCAUCUGCAAAAGAAACGGAAAAGAAAGAAAAAGCUGAAGAUGUUCUAGAAGCCGUCAAUGAAAAUGAAACUUUGCAUUUAACUCCAAAACACGUGGAACAAGAGUCUGUGACAGAGGUCUCAUCGUCCAAUACUAAGGAUGUAGAGGAAACAACUCCAGAUGUUAAGAAAAUGGAAGAGGAAAAUGUCGAACAGAAGGAACCUAUUGUAGAAAGGCCAAGAAGACGAGGUCGAAAAGCGUCUGCCAAGGAAGAAAAGACUGACGAUAUUCCGCAUGUACAGGAGGCAGAGCCAGAGUCAGUUGAGGCUUUAAAUGUAUCCAAUGAAAGCCAAGAAACUCAGUCGCAGACUGUAUCCAAUGCCCAUCCAGAAAAAACAAAUAGGAGGGCACGCAAAGCAUCAGCAGAAGACCUUAGUAACAUACCAGAAAAGAAGCACAAAUCGGAAGACCUUCAUGCUACUGAAAUGCUGGAUGAGUCGAAGGAAACAGGUAGAGCUCGCGUGGAAAGAACAAAACGGAGGGGACGUAAGCCAUCAGAAGAGUUGGUAGAAUCCACUACACCUAUUCCUCCACAGAAUAACGAUGAUAAGUCCGAAGCGGAGGAGGCGAUUCAUACAAUUCAAGAUAAACAACAUUCAGCUGAGGAUAAUAUGCCCCAAAAGCGAACCCGCAAAUCUGCCGAAUUUAUGCCUGAAAAUAUUCAAGGAUCAGCUAAGGAUGAUCACGGUGAAAGACCCAAGCGUAGGGGGCGCAAGCCAACUGUAGACAUUGACCAUGGGGCCCAAGACCCUCAAGCGAAACCCAAGCGAGGAGAUAAAACGUCAUCAGAGGAUGGAGAUGAAAAGCAUGAGCCUUUGCCGGUUGUGGAAGUAGAGAAAAAAACCAGGCGGAAUGUAAGAAAAGCUUCUGCUGAAACCGUUGAGCCUGUAAUGAACAGAGGCGAAGAUCAUCUUCAACAAAUCGAAGAGGCAUACGAACCGCAUUCGGAAUCAGAACCGACGACAACAAUGCCAGUGCCGAAUGAGGAAGCGGAACAUAAGACGCGGCGACGCGGUCGCAAGCCUACGGCGGAGACUAUUGAGGUGCCAAUAAAAACUACUACAGCAGAUGAAUUCGUUGAGAUCCCCUCUCACUCACGCAGGCGUGGACGGAAGGCCACAGAAGAUGAGGCCUCCAUAACCGUAGAUCUGGAAGAGCCCAAGGCAAAGCUUCGUGGACGCAGGGCGUCCUUAGAGCUACAAAACAAUGAGGAAACUCCGGCGGAGUCUCACUUGGAGCUCGUGGAAGUGCCAACGGUCAAGAUGACACGUCGUGGUAGGAAGCCAAGUGCAGAAGUGGAAACGAUACAAGUGGCCGCACCGGAGAAAAAACCUCCAGCUCGACGUGUCCGUAAAGCGUCAGCGAGCGUCGAUGAGGGAACACCUGUGGCCAAGAAAACGACAACUCGUCGCGGACGUAAAGUUGAUACUCAUGAGGAUGAGGAAAAGAAAUCAAUCGACUUGCAGGACCUGCCAACGGAGAGUGUUUCGGCUCUUGUUGUCGUUUCGGGCUCUCCAGUGAAGACUGGCGAUUCGGAAGAACUAACACCGCGUCGUCGAGAGGGUCGUAACGUGCCGCGUAAAAACUAUGAAGAGGCUCCAGACGAUGAUAAACCGCAUUCCUCAUUGCGUCGAGCACGCAAGCCAGCGGCAAGCAAGGCGAAUGCCAGUAAGGUUCAAGAGCCGGAUACUGUUCCAGGUACGCCCGGAACCAAACAACAACCCGUCGAGGUACAAGGCACACCCGAAAACGCGGUGAUUUUGCCCGAGCCCACGACCUCACAGCGGCGCGAGGGACGAAAUUUGCCUCGUAAAAACUAUACGGAAGCUCCGGACGACCACAAGCCCUCACCGGCUCGCAGUCGCCGGGUGCGUAAUCCGACUGUAAAGGCCCUGGAAUUGAUUGUGGACUCAUCUCCGCGUCCUGCGACUCCCAAAAGGACCAAGGCAAAGACGGAUGUGGAUGAGGAACCACCAGCAAAGAGAGCGACACCAGAGGUGCCAACAACCACAGAGGCAUCUGCACUGCAAGAUGAGCCUACAAGCGCUGCCAAGGGGCGAGGCACUCGACGAAAAGCUGAAUCGGAGGAAUCGGAUGUCAAGCCGGCCAAAAAGAAUGUGCGCGCCACUGCACGCAAAGCCAAAGUUGAUAGUGAAGUAGAGGAGCAUGCGCCUAUCAAGAAGGCACGAAGCGGAUCGCGUGCCAAGACACCUUCGGAAGAGUCUGUCACUAUUCAGGAGGAAGUGCCGGUCAAGAAGCCCGCUGCUCGGAGUCGAGCACGUGCCGUAAAGAUAGCAGCACCUGAGCAGCCAGCCGACGAACCUCAAAUCGAGGUUGCCGCCUCAACAGCUGCACCAGCAGCACGUGGAGGGAGAGGCAGGAAGGUGCACUUCGAGGCGGCACCGGAGGUAUCUACCAGUGAAGAUGCGCCAAAGCGGGCAACUCGAUCGCGUCGAAAGUAAUAUCUAUCUAUUAUAUCCAGAAACUUGAAUCAUUGUUUUUUUGGUUAUUUUAUAAUUCGUCAUUUCAUUUUAUGUUAUUAACUUCUGUAUAAAAAGUUUGCAUUUAUCAAGUAAUCAAGGCAAAAUAAUAUUAAGUUAUAUUGUUAAUCCACCCACUUUGGUGGGACAUAGUUGGCUCCCCUUGCUCAGAACAAAAACUAACCUUAAUAGUUAUAAGGCAUUAAACAUUACUAAUACAUAUAUAUAUAUAGCUUAUUUCUUAAGACUAUCGAAAAUCCCCACAAAUAAUAAAGAUUCGUAAACCAA